AGAAAGAUGUCACCAACAAAUCUAGCUCUGUUCUUUGUCUAUUUGGUCAUUAUUGGCACAGCAACUGAUGUUUCUCCAGUAACCAAACAGUUUCAGUUUCUUACUGUGAGAGGAUGCAACAACGAUUGUGAAACAUCUUGCUGUGACUGCAACAUAGAGAAACAGCCUCCGGUUUGUGUCCAGUGUUGCCUGAUUUGAGCUUUGUGUGUAAAAUUUAUAUCUAUCUGUUUGUUCACAUUCCUUACUCAUACUUGGCUUUAGCCCAUUUCUUUAUUUGGCAGAGCUCGAUUUAGGUAUUGAUGACUUGUGCCAAGUAUGAACUAUAAUAUCAACAACCUCAAAUCUUUUUAAAAAUUCAUCACUCUGUUAUUGCCUUAUCAUUUCAAGAUAAAUGAAUUGUCACAAUAAUUUAACAUUUGCGUGUUUUUUAAUCACAACAACUCAUUAACUUGACCCACAAACUACUCUUUUGGAUCUUUACGCUAAGACCUUUUUGAGUAUAUUCCUUCUUCCAUUAAAGGCUCCUUGGCUUAUAUAUCCUUCAAGGCUUAUCUUCCAAUUCAAAGUGCCUUCCCUUUUUCUUUCUUUCUUUCCUUAAAAUGAGACGAGAAGGUCGGCAACAUGGUAUUGUCCGAACUUACCGGAUUCUUCCACCGCCACCGCUUAAUCCAAGGCUGGUCAACUCUGCAACUCCAUCCACAUCCUCAGCAGUUUUUACCAAAUUGCCAUCGAAACCGACCAGAGCUCACAGGAGAAUAUGGUAUGGCCAGGUGCAUUGGCUGAGAUCAAACGACAUGGCUUCUUCGACCAGCUACAAACUCCUGACUUGUCGGAUCAUUACCAGACCCGGACCGAGAUCAGUUUUGGAUCUUACCGGUUUAUCUGAUCUUAAUGGUAAUGGCGACGAUUUUAAAGAAGACAAAGGAGGAGAAGCUGAAGAUGAAAUGACAAAUAGAGAGAAUGGACAUAAUAGCGACAAAGAAGUAGAAGAUGGGUCUUGUGGCGGGUAUGUUGAUGGAAGCAUGAGUUUUUACGAUGUGGGGAUGAUGAUGGAACAUGUGUUAGAUCACGAUGACGAUGAAGAAGAAGAAGAUGGUUGGUGUUUGGUCUGAAAAAGAAGAAAGUAAUGAUUAUGUCAUGUCUCUCUCACGUGGAUCAGCUUUUUUUUUUUUUUUCGCAUAUUCAAGUGAAUGUAAUUCGAUUCUUUAUGUAAAGUUAAUCCCUUCUUCAUCAACAAGAGCCAGUUUAAAGAUAAAGA